AUGAUGUAUCCAUUAUUUCAAAAUAAUAUUGUUGUUCAUUUAAUCACUUUCAAACUAACAAAUACAAUUAGUUCAUUUUUAUCGUCAUUUUUCGAUCAAAAAAAUAAUUUAUUAUUAUUAAUCAUCAUUUAUCUUGUUUUUGGUGGAGAAUGUGUUUAUGGUCAAGCAUUGAAUGAUCGAAUUAUCUAUGUUAAAAAAGGCGAUACUCUUGAAAUAUGUGAUAAUCGUACAACAUCGAUUUAUGCUUAUGAAUAUAAAAGUUUAGAUAGUAAAAAAAGUUUAAUUAUUGAACCAGAGAAAAAUGUACGUUAUACAAAUCCAUAUAAAACAAGUCUAUUACAAAUACACAAUGUAAUCGAAGAUGAUACCGGUUAUUAUAAAUGUCCAGAAGAUGAUAUGGAAUGGAAGCACGUAGAAGUCUAUAUUCCAAUCAAACAUGUAUCUUUAGCAAAUUUACAUCCAUUAAAAGCACGUGAAACAACCAAUUGUCCCAAUUGUUUAACGGUGGUUGAUGAUGAAAGUUUAGAUGUAUAUUGUGGGGCUGAUGGUUAUCCCAAACCCGAAAUCGAUGUUUAUUUGGAUAAAAAUGGUACAUCACGUUUGAUAUCAUCUAUUGCUGGUGGUAAAAAGCCUGAUACAAUUAAUGAAUUAUUCAAACCAUCAUCAUAUGAAGCUUACCGUAUUCAACAAUUAACACCAGAAGAUAAUGGACGUUGGAUAACGUGUGAAGCAGAUCUGACAAAAGCCGAUAAAACAAUGAAGAAAAAAGUUUCAAAACAAUUAUAUAUUGAAUUUCGUCCUGUUUGUGCUGAAAAAUCAAAAAAGAUUAAUAGCGGAAUAAAUCAAACUCGGACAGUUAAUUGUACAGUAUUACGUGCUAAUCCACCUUAUAUAACGUACGAGAUAUCGAAUAGUUUAUCAAAUUCCAUUAUACGCCGAAUCAGUAGUGAUCAAAAUGAUAAUCUCUAUUAUAUAUUUGAAAUAACACCUACAAAUAUUGAACAAUUUCGUCCAUUCAAUGUUACAGCUAGAAAUUCAGUUGGUGUCCCUGAUGCCAUAACAAAUUGUUCCAUCGAAGUUCAAUUUAACGUUACAAUUCAAAUAAAAUGUCAGAAAAGUUAUGCUCAGGGUGAUAAUGAUGGUUAUACGUGCGUGUUGUUUAAAUAUAAACCAAAUGAAGCACAAUUAUUUGAAGAAAUAGCACGAUCAAAAAGUUGUAUAUUUGCCUUCGAUUAUUUUUUUAAUUCGGCUGAAUAUCGUGUGUCAGCUUUCAAUAAGUACGGUACAUUACCUGUUAGUACAUAUGGUUAUCCGGUUUAUGUGAAUAGACGAGAAGCACCUAAACAAUCAUCAUUUUUUAGUAUAAAAGCUGUUAUUAUUAUCUCAAGUGUCAUUGGUGGAAUUAUAUUAUUGUUGAUUUUAUGUUGCUGUUGUUGUGGAAAUAGAUUAAAGUCAAAAGAUCGAAAAUAUCAAGGCAAAUAUCCGCGCUCGUCAUCGGAGAGCGAACCCAUGAAGCCAAAUUCUGAUGAUUCAAUUUCUACUUCUCAUUUAACGCAAAAUGGAACGGACAAACGUUUACAUCCGAAUGGCUCUGCUGUUUAUGAUGUGCCCGGUUUGAUAGCAAAAGAUACACUGACGUUACAACAAACACCCUCUACAUCUAUUGGGCAUUAUCAUCAACAGCAAAAUGGAAAUAUUCACUAUAUUGAUAACGAUUCAUUGAAUAGUAGUCUCAAUUCAUUACCUACACGUACACGUACAUUUGCAAAUAAAGUCUAUUCAAUGAACGAAGGAAUUGACAAUAAAUAUGGACCGUUGUCAGAAGAUUACGGUCGUCCUGAAGAAAUACUUGAAGUUGACGAAGAUUCACCCGUUUAUUCGACAACAACUGAUAUUAUGUCUGAAAGUGGUAGUUUUUUAGUACCCUCAUCCUCAUCAAAAAAACGUGCUCCACCUCCUCCAAAGCCGCGAUAUUCCACACUACGUAGUGUAAGAAGUAAUUCAUCAUCGAUGAUGAAUAAUAAUCCUAAUAAUCUAACAGACGAUAAAACAUUACCAUUACCAAAACCACGCUCGCGUUCAAAUUCUCGCACACGUUUAAAUGGUGGUAAUGAUACACCGAAUUCGUCUUUUUAUGAUGAACGUCCGAUAUCGUCUAGUGACUCUGGUGUUUGUGACGUUGUAUGUUUGCCAAAUGGUGACACUAUUCGAUCUGGACUCGUACGCUCCAGACAACAAAAUCUACAAAAACAUUAUACAGCGUCCCACUUUCAACAAAUUCCACAACCAUCAUCACAAAAAACACUACCCAAUCACAAUACUGUUCCUUCUUCAUUUAAUCAUCAAUCAUUAAUUUCACCUAUUGUACGUGGUACAGAAUGUUGA